AUGUCGCUGGUUGUGGUUCUUUGCCUGCUGGCUUGUGUUCACUCUGGCAUUGAGGCAUAUCCACGCAAGCCUGUCAGCCCCAAAGAAGGAGCACCCCCUGAGGAGAUGGCAAAAUACUACUCUGCUCUCAGACACUACAUCAACCUCAUUACUCGGCAGAGGUAUGGAAAAAGAGACAGUCCAGACACAAUGUUGUCUGAUGUGCUUGUAAAAGAGAGCACAGAGACUAUUCCUGGGUCUAGUUAUGUCAGGUAUGAUGAGCUACCAAUGUGGUGA